UCGAAGCCCGGGGCGAGGCCCAUGUCGAAGCCCGAGGCGAGGCCCGCGCCGCAGCCCAGGGCGGCGCCCAGGGCCACGCCCAGGGCGCAGCCAGGGAAGCGGCCGGCGGCGCGUCCGAGGCCGGCAGCCAGCCCGAGGCCAGCGGUCCGCAGGGGCGCAGCUGGGGCUCGGCCGAGGCCAGCCGAGCGGCCAGAGGCUCGCUCGGGCGAGCCGCGCGAGAUCUGGACGCCAGACGCCGACGCCACGGCGGCGGGCGAGGAGAGCGGCGCGGCCCGCCACUUCGCGGAGGCCCUGAUGGAGCCGGCGCUGCCCGUGCAGCUCAGCGACUCCACGGUCUACCUGCACAGGGCCGUGCUGCGCCGGGCGCCGCUGCUCCGCGGCCUGGUGGACGGCGCCCCAGGGCGCGGCACGGGCAGCCCGCGGGUGAGCGUGCCCUGCAGCGCGGCCGAGGUCGGCCUGCUGGCGCACCGCCUCUACGCGGGCCGGCCCCUGGGCCCGCUGCCCAGCGGCGACGCCCUGCGGCUGGCGGCCGCGGCGGGCGUGCUCGGAGUGGCGCGCGGGCUGCCGGAGCUCCCGCAGCUGCUGCGCAGCCUGGCCGCCGUGCCAGAGGAGGCGGAGCUGUGGAGGCGAGCGGCAGCGGUGCUGCCAGCGGAGCUGGCCGCGGAGCUGCCGCGGACGCCAGGCGGAGCAGCGGUGCCGAGGUGUCCGCCGCCGCCCCCCUCCGCGGGCUCGCAGCGCCCGGCGCCCCCGCGCAGGCGGCUCGCUGCCAAGGCGGCCGAAGGGGCCGCAUUGGCGGCCGAGGCGGCCGAUGUGGCCGCAGUGGCAGCCGACGCGGAGGACCCAUCGCUGCCCCCAGCGGUGUCGCCGGAGACGGCGGCAGCGGCGGCGGCGGCAGGGGAGCAGUCGGCGCCAGCGGUUGGUUGCAAGCGCCGGGCAGCUGCGGGCGCCUGGGCUUCGCGCGUGCGCAGGCGGCCCGCGGCAGCAGACUCCGCCGCCGCGGCGGCCGAACGGGACGUCGCGGCUGGAGGGGCAGCUGCGGCAUGGGGCGCGGCCAAGGGGGACGCCGCGGCCCAGGAGGGGCUGGGAGGCGAGCCGGGGGAGGACGUCAGGUUCAAGGUGGUGAGGGCGCUGCACCUGCAGCUGAAGCUGAGGGUCGGCUCCACGUACAGCUACGGCGAGCUGCGGGGGCGAUGCGGGGGCAUCGCGUCGAAAGUCGCCAGGCUGGUGGAGUUCACCAGCGACGUGUCCGCCCUGCGGCGCGUCUGA